AUGGCUGACGAUCUUCAAGCCGAGCAUACACCAGGAUUCAAGGUGGGGGAAAAGAAGACUUUGGAGGAAUAUCACCAACUGGACCAAAGCGACGACGCCAUGAAACGAUGGAAGCAAUCGCUUGGCCUAGGCAAUGGCGACACGAUCGGCGACCCCAACGACCCUCGCACGUGCAUCAUUAAAUCUCUUGCAUUGGAAGUCGAAGGCCGACCAGAUAUAACCAUCGAUCUGACUCAACCCGGCGCCCUCGAAACCCUCAAUAAACACCCAUUCACCAUCAAGGAAGGCUGUCAGUACCGCAUGAAGGCCGUCUUCACUGUCCACCACCAAGUGCUUUCCGGCCUGAAGUACAUCCAAGUUGUGAAGCGAAAAGGGAUCACUGUGAGCAAGGACCAGGAGAUGAUCGGCAGUUAUGCGCCAAGCACCACCGAUAAGCCCACAUAUGAAAAGAAGUUCGCUGAAGAAGAGGCUCCGUCUGGUAUGCUUGCUCGUGGCCACUACGAGGCAAAGUCGAGAUUUACUGAUGACGACAACCAAACACACCUCGAGUUCAACUGGUCAUUCGAUAUUGCCAAGGACUGGAAGUGA